GUCGCGAAUGCCACCGCCAUCAAGUGAGAAGCCGCCGACGCGUCAGCAACAUGCUAUGAUCCACAAGCCACCUCCAACUAGCAACAGAGUUAAAUCCAAUCAGAGAGCCAAAACGAAAUCCAAUUCGAAAGCCAAAACCAAACCCAAAGCCAUAACCAAGUCGAAGACAAGCUCCAUUAAAAUCACUUGCAUUGCAUUAAAUUCCCUCUUCCGUUCCGUGUUUUUAUUUUUUCUCAUUAUUUAUUUUUUUUGAAAUUUUUUACGGUGCGUGCAGCGGCAUAAACGUUUUAAUUUGAAGCACACACACUUCUCUUCCGUGGAUAUAUAACAUACGUACAUAUAGUGUGCCCAAGAAGGUGGUGUUGCCUGUGAGAUCCAUAAAUCCCCAUUGGCAAAAGUAGCAGAAUGCAUUCCACGGCAUGCGGCGUCGGUGCCUCGGCCACAAAUCUCUCAACAUUGCAAUCCACAUUAUUAUCAUCCGGUGCGGGAGCAACAGGUGCAGGAACAGGAACUGGUGGAGCAUCGGCAACGGAUGCCUACAAAAUGGUGCACCAAAGCAAUGAGGAUGCCAUGAACAAGAUUCCACUCAAGUCGGCCGGUGGCCUGGACUCGGAUGAGGAGAAAAAUGGGGGCGAACUCAUGCAGGACACUGCCGCCGCCGAGGAGGCGCGACGCGAGCAGAUGCGUGCCAAUGUCCUGGCCUGGAUGAAGAAACUAACCAUCGUGCUGAUCUGUUUCAUUGGAAUCGCCCUCAUCAGUUACGUGAUUAUCAGCCUGUGUUUCAGUGACUGGCCAAAAUCGACACCAAAUAGAAACAGCACAACAACAACAACAACGACGACAACUACAACAACAACAGAGGGAACCUCAGCAACAACAACAACAAUUGCACCAACAACAAUUAGCACCAGCACAGCAACAACAAUAGCAACAACAACAACAACUACACCACCAACACCACCACCACCAAUAGCAACAACAACAACAACAACAAGCAGAACAAAUAGCAAUCCCAGUUCCACACUUAAACCAUUUACUUCAACAGAUGAGCAGCAGCAGCAACAGGAUCAUGAACAGGAUCACAAAGGAAAUAUUGGUAACCUAAAUCUACCCACUAUGGCCAGUACCCCGGCAGAUGAUGCAUUACCCAGUGUGGCAGCCUCAACAGCAGCAAUUACAGAUCAAAUACGUAUCGAUACAAGUGAUGAGUUUGAGUCCAUAUUGGGAGUCUAUCAGCAUGGAGCAGUCAGUUCCGAUAAUCUAGAAUGCAGCAAGAUUGGCAGUGACAUCCUCCAGAAGAACGGCAGCGCUGUGGAUGCUGCAAUAGCGGCUCUCCUCUGCAACGGAUUGCUGACCAUUCAGAGCAUGGGCAUUGGUGGCGGUCAUCUGAUGAAUGUUUACAUUCGCAGCGAACGUCAUGCCACGGCCAUUGAUGCCAGGGAAUUGGCUCCUUAUGGCGCCGAAAUGGAUAUGUUUGAUCAGCAGCCAGAGAAGUCCUACAAGGGACCACUAAGCAUUGCCGUGCCUGGAGAGGUGAUGGGUUACCAUGAGGCGCAUCAGAAAUUUGGUCAGUUACCUUGGUCAGAUUUGGUGGCACCUUCGCUAGAGCUGUGCGAGAAGGGAUAUCAUGUGUCCCAGCAUAUGGAACGGGCCCUGAAUGCUGCAUUGCCUCAUAUCAAGGAGCAUGAGCAGUACCAGAUUUAUUUGAACAAGGAGACGGGCAAACCUCACAACGCUGGCACUGUGGUAAAGCCUCCAAAGAAUCUCUGUGAGACAUACAAGCUUCUGGGUGAGAAUGGACCCAUGGAUCUGUAUAAUGGCACUUUGGCAAAGCUCUUGGUUGAUGAUCUCCGCGAUGUGGGCAGCAUUAUCACAGCCGAUGAUCUUUUAUAUUACGAGGCCGAUGUGAUUAAUUCCAUUACAAUGGACCUGGGAGAGGAUACACUGUAUGUCCUGCCCCCGGUUAGUUCCGGCUCCCUGGUGGCCCAUACCCUGAGCAUCCUGCAUGGCUAUAACUUUACCAAAGCGGAUCUGGCCACUGAGGAGUUGCGUGCUCGUACCAUUCAUCGUAUCACAGAGGCUCUGAAGUUUGCCUUUGCCCAGCUGGCGGAGCUGGGAGAUAUGCAUUUCAUUGAUGCCCGGGAGUUGGUCAGUCGUCUGAAUAGUCCAGAGUUUGGAGAUCAAAACAGAGCCAAGAUCAAUGACUCACAUGUGCUGCAGGAUCCGCAGGCCUAUGGUGCUCAAUAUGGCACCAAUGAGGAUGCAGAUGGUACUUCCCAUUUGGUUGUACUGGCACCCAAUGGUGAUGCCGUCUCGGUGACCAGCUCCAUUAAUUCCUACUUUGGUUCCGGCUUGAUUGGAGCCCGCACGGGCAUUGUCUUGAACAAUGGCAUGAAUGACUUUGCCGUGGAGAACAACUUCUUUGGUUUGCCCAAAUCGGCGGCAAAUACCAUUGAGCCGCACAAGCGUCCCAUGUCCUCGCAAUCCCCAAUCCUUUUGGCGGAUAAAAAUGGUGAUAUGCGUCUGGUUAUUGGAGCAGCUGGAGGUAGCAAGAUCAUUCCAGCCGUGGUUGAAGUGGCCGCCAAGGUGCUUUGGUUUGAUGACGAUCUGCGGGCGGCAGUGAGUGCGCCACGGUUCUAUCAUCAACUGCUGCCCGAUGUCCUGGAGUAUGAGGAAGAUGGCUUUCCGGAUUCAUUGUUGCAGCUUCUCACCCAAAAGGGUCACCGGCUGAAGGCCGUGAGCAAGACCAAGGCUUCUGUGGUUUCAGCCAUUUCAAGAAAUGCCACCGCCAUUUAUGCAAAUGCUGAUUAUCGUAAACGCGGCGGAGUGGCGGGCUUUUAGGAUGUUACUAAAGGAUGAGCUUCUCAUUCACACACACUCACACACAUCCACACACACACACACACACCAGCACACACACUCACACACACACCCCUCAUUGAGAUUAGAGAGUGGUGGAGUCGAUCAAUUCGCAUCACGCAAAAGUAUUUAAGCUAGCUAUGUCUUUUUUACAUACUAUGUAUAUCGUACGUUAUAUAAAUUUAUAUGCUACUACCUAACUACUACCGUAUACAAUAAAAAACAAAACAAACAAG